CGUGUACUAGAUGUUCCAUUACAUUCAGUUACAAGACCAGCUUCAAAAAACAUUUGAAAAAUGUUCAUGGUAAGUAUUUCUGUUUUACACUUUAAAUAUUUAUUUAUAUACAUAUUUUUUUACUAGGUGUUAUAGAAGCCCCGAUUCGGCAAAGAAAUAUUCGAAUCAUGCCGCAAACAACCACCCCCGAUAAUGUUCAUGGUAUCAUGCAGCAAGGAAAUAUACAGAUCGCACCCCAAAUAUUUGUUCCUGAUAUUCCAGCAGGUUCGUCAUGUGUACGAGAUAUCGAGGUAAACGGUUCACCAGUGAUACCAACCCUAAAUGAUGCCGCGACAGACUGUCCGGUGGAACCAUCCGUCCGAAAUGAUAAACUAUCAGCAGUACGAGAUAGCGUAUCACCAGUACGAGAUAACAUAAUGUCAACAGUACGAGAUAACGUGAUGGAUGAAUUUUACAACAACGUGGAUGACGAUGGCGAUUACGCUCAAGUUGCAGAUAUCAUCGAAAACCUUGGAUUCUGUAAAAAGGAAGAUUCAUACACCACUCUUGAUAAUGGAAAACGCGUUUCCAGUGCAAACACUAAAUCUGCUGUCAGGGCAAAAAAAUUACGCUUGAAUCUCGUAAAGUCCCCCGGGUUUACACAAAUCUCGACGUCAUCAAACAACACAAUCACUUGGUAUUACGUAAAAAAUACCGGCAAUAUUCAAAACUAUAUUUACUUCCUUGAUUCUAUUAAAUCCGAACUAAUCAAUUUACUAAAAUCAAUUGCGAGUAAAAAUCCGAUCAAGUUUAAUUUAAAGCUUGAGGCGACAUAUAAUAUACCAAAUGUGGAAUAUUCAUCGGAAAACCGUGCUUUCAAAACAUCGGCUAAGGCGGUUUUCUGUGAUACCGGAGUACAGGAAAUUGUUGAAGAGGCAUUCGCUAAAUUAAUGAAAGAGCAAGACGAGUAUACAAGCAAGGGUAGUGGUUUCACAUUACAAUGUAUAGACGGUUUAAUGUUAGGUGUAUAUAAAUAUACACCUAUAGGCGGCUCAUCCUACAUACAACUACCAGAUGCGAUAGAAAAUAAAAAAGCCACGAUUAACCCUCAAAACAUAGACAUGCAAUGCUUCAAAUGGGCAAUCCUAGCAAAACAUGUUACAGGAGAAAAUAAAUGUCGUAUUGGUGAUAAUUAUAUAAAACACGAAAAAAAAUAUAAUUUUACAAAUAUAUCGUUCCCGACACCACUACAUCAGGUUAAAAUUUUUGAAAAAAAUAACCCAAACGUGUCCGUAAAUGUUUACGGUAUCGAUAAGAAAUUUCAACCACCAAAAUUUCCGGAAUAUAAAGUAUUCCCUCUGAAAGUAGUACAUGAAGAAAAACCCGACCAUUUUGAUCUACUUAUAAUAUCAGACGGGGAUAACAGUCACUAUAGCUACAUCUCUAAUUUUUCACGGCUCAUCAGAUCACAAAAAACCAAACACGAUGGACAAACAAUAUUUUGCAAACGGUGCUUCACAACAUUCGACAAACAACAGUACAAAUAUAAAUUAAACGGCGUGGCAGGACUAGAACAACAUAAAUUAAUAUGUGGGGAGCACAAACCCAUACUACCUCAGAUACCUGAACCUGGGUCAAUACUCGAGUUUACUGCAUGGGAUAAAACACAACGUCAUCCUAUAGUAAUUUAUGCAGAUUUCGAAGCAAUUCUCAAGAAAACUGAUGAGAAAAUUGGAGAAAAAACAACAGCUUUUCAAGAACACGAACCCAUGAGCUAUGGGUAUAUGGUUAAAGCAAAUGACGAAAUACCGGUGGAACUGCUUGAAAAAUUCGGAAUUCCAACAUCACCCGUAAUCUACCGUGGAAAUGAAAAUAAUAAGGACGUGGCGAAACAUUUUGUAGAUAGUAUUGUGGACAUAGCUAAAAAAAUUGAAGAAUUACUCAAAACAAACAUUCCUAUAAUUUUCACGGGUGAACAACGAAAAACACACGAAUUAUGUAAUAAUUGUAAUUUAUGUAAGACCAAGUUUUCUCGUGAAAAUCAUAAAGUGGCAGAUCACUGCCAUUUAUCGGGAAAAUUUAGACAAUCGUUAUGCAAUACGUGUAAUCUUAAACUUCAAACACCAAACUUUGUACCGGUAUUUUUUCAUAAUUUAUCGAAUUAUGAUUCACAUUUCAUUGUCACUCGUCUUGGAUAUGAUACAAACUCCAUCUCUGUAAUACCAAACAGCGAAGAAAAGUUUAUUACGUUUUCAAAAUAUAUAAGCAAUUCGUUCACAUUAAGAUUUAUCGAUACACUGAGAUUUAUGGCCUCCAGCUUAUCAACACUUUCAAAAAAUUUAAUCACACCUGGAUUUGAAAAGUUUAGAAACAGCGCAAAACACUUUUCCGCACAGGAUUUACCACUAGUUACCCGUAAGGGUGUAUACCCGUAUGACUAUACAGAUGAUUGGGAUAAGCUCGAAGAAACCAGUUUACCGGCAGAAAAAGAUUUUUACAGUUCAUUGGAAGAAUCACAUAUAAAACAUGAGGAUUUUAAACAUGCAAAUACAGUUUGGAACCAUUUCAGCUGUCAAACACUCGGGGAAUACUCUGAUCUUUAUUUAAAAAUCGAUGUGCUACUGUUGGCUGAUGUGUUUGAAAAUUUCCGAGACCUCUGUUUAACCACCUACCAUCUGGAUCCAUCAUUUUACUACACGGCACCAGGAUUUAGUUUUGACUGUAUGUUGAAAUACACGGGUCAACAACUCGAAUUACUUCAUGAUUAUGACAUGUUGUUAAUGAUUGAAAAAGGAAUUCGUGGUGGGUUGACUCAGGCGAGCAUGAGAUAUGCAAAGGCGAAUAAUGAAAAGACACCAGAUUAUGAUCCAACAAAACCGAAAUCAUGGCUUGUUUAUCAGGAUUGUAACAAUUUGUAUGGUUACGCAAUGUCACAAUUCAUGCCAUACGGUGGAUUUAAGUGGGUCGAACCCACACUAGAUGGGUUAAAUGCUUUAGACGAUAGUUCACCAAUCGGUCGGAUGUAUGAGGUUGACAUAUCAUACCCAAAAGAACUUCAUGACAAACAUAAUGACUUGCCAUUCCUACCGAAAAAUGAUAUUCCACCCGGUUCAAAAGUUAAAAAACUUAUGGCAACACUCCAUUCAAAGAAAAACUACGUGAUUCAUUAUCGGAACCUACAGCAGGCCAUUAAAAACGGACUAGUAGUGGAAAAAGUUCACAGAGUUAUACAGUUUAAUCAGUCAGACUGGCUUAAGAAAUAUAUAGAAUUAAACACUGAGAUGCGAAAAAAAGCUAAAAACGACUUCGAAAAGGACUUUUUCAAACUUUUAAACAACGCUGUUUUCGGGAAGACGAUGGAGAAUUUAAGACUUAGAAUUAAAAUGGAGCUUGUUUGUAGUGAAAAACGUCUGCAAAAACUUAUAAACCUUACAACAUUCAAACACUGCAUUACAUACAAUGAAACUCUGAAUGCCAUAUCAUUAGAAAAUAAAAUUAUCAAGUUUUGCAAGCCAAUAUAUAUAGGUUUUGCAGUAUUGGAAAUUUCUAAGACCGUUAUGUAUGAUUAUCAUUACAACGUUAUGCAAGCUCAUUAUGGAAAUAAAAUUGAGCUCAUGUAUACUGAUACAGAUUCACUGGUAUACUAUAUCCAGACCGAUGAUUUUUACAAAGACUUGGAAAAUAAUUCCAAUUUACUCGAUCGAAUGGAUACAUCAGACUUACCACGAGACCAUCCGUGUUACAUUGCCGAACGAAAGAAAAUUCCGGGUCUGUUUUCCGAUGAGACUAAUUCAGAGGUUAUGACAGAUUUUUGUGCACUACGUUCAAAGUCUUAUGCAUAUAAGAUCAAUGGUAAGGAGAAGAUCCGGGCGAAAGGAAUCCGAGGACAUGUAGUGAAAAACCACAUGAACUUCGACGAUCAUUAUCGCUGUCUGUUUGGGGAUGCAACCUUGGAUACGAAGACAGAAAAUGUCUCUAUCCGUUCAUUCAAACAUCAAUUGAAGACCAUUAAAUCAAACAAAGUCACUUAUAAUAGUUUCGAUGACAAGAGGAUUAUACUCGAGGAUAGAAUACAUACCCUAGCUCACGGACACUACUCCACAGAGGAACCCGAUACACUAGCUGAGCAAGAUGAAUAAAUACAACUUCUAGAGCUGAAUAGAUAGUUUUUUAUUCUAAAAUAGAUGUUGAAUUGUAAAAUACCUUUGUAGUUAUUUCAUUUUUGUAAAAUAUCUACAGGGAUAUUAUUUUUUUUUUCUUGUAAAGUAUCCCUCUAGAUAUUGUAGGUAGAUAU